AUGACGCGCCUCCACCGUGCCAAGCUGGGCCGUGAGCGGUUGGGUCAAUGCAUGCACAUUCUCUUGCUUGCGGUAGUGUGCGCAGCACUUGGCGAGGAUGAUCUAUUCCUCGUUUUGGGAGCUUAUUGGAUGCUCAAGUGGCGAGCGUACCUCGAGCUCGUAGCUCCGACGCAGUUAGGCGGCGUGAGGUACGACUUCAUGGAGGUCCUUGGCGGGUUCGACUUCAAGGAAGUAUUCAGGUUCGAGAAGUCCCACUUCCGUCAGCUGUUGGCGGCGCUGGAACUGCCGCCCGAACUCGAAAUUAGGAGGGGGGGGUUCGGCACGCAAAGAAUUCCUGCGAGUCUGGCUUUGGCAGUCACCCUGUGGAGAUUCGCAGCUCCGACGACGUUGCUGCGUGACCGGCUGUUCUGGGGCAUGGGGGAGACACUGGUAUGCGAGGUGUUCAAUGUGACGGUAGAGGCCAUUCACGAACGAUGGGGACAUCUUGUUGAGGAGUUGCAGGUCGAAGCAAUCCUUUCUAAGAUAGAUGGUUUCUGUGAAGCAAUAUCAAACCGCGGCGCGCCGCUCCCACGCUGUUGGGGCUUCCUGGAUGGCACACUUAGAAAAAUCUGCCGUCCUGGUCGUUGGCAGCGGCUGUACUACAACGGGUGGAAACGAUUCCACGCCCUAAAGUAUCAGGCAGUCGAUUCUCCGGAUGGGAUCAUUCGCCAGCUUUGGGGGCCUAUGCUCGGUCGCCGCCAUGACGUAGCGCUGCUUGGGCAGAGUAACUUGCUUGGUGUGUUACAGCAGUCGUUCAACGAUGCGCAAGGCGAGCCGUACUACUUGUACGGGGACCCCGCGUAUCAAAACUCACCGUGGUUGAUCGCGCCGUACCGGGGGGGGGUAUUGACCCCUGCUGAGAGGGGCUUCAAUGCCGCGAUGAGUGGUGUGAGGGUAACGGUGGAAUGGGGUUUCGGUCGAAUCGUCGCCCAGUGGCCCUACGUGGACUACCACAAAAAGCAGCAGGUCGGUCUUAGCGCGUGUGGUCUUGGAAAGCAGCAUGCUGUUGCUGGCAUCCUGACCAACUGCCACUGCUGUUUCUAUCCGAAUUCGACGGCACAGGACUUUGACGUUCAACCCCCGUCCCUCGAGGAAUACCUCCAGGGUGAGGGCUGA